AUGAAGGCCGCUUCUCUGGUCUCGCUCCUUUCCGUCCUGGCCACGGCUCGGGCUACCGGCCUGUGGUGGGGUAGUGAGGAGUGCUAUACCGCUCCUGACAACACCGACAACGAGUGUACCGAUGAGCAGCAGGUUGGCUUCAACUGGGAGAGUCUCGGCUUUGGUUCAUUCUCUUCCUAUGGUGGCCUGGACUUUUCUGGCUUCAGCUGCAGCAACGGUUUCGGUGGGCUCCGUACCCGGACCUUCAACAACAAAUGCAUCACCGGAACAGUCUCCAAGGGCCUCGAGAGGUCUUCCCACCCGUCCAUCUCUUGCGGUCAGGACAAGCCCGGAUUCUCGAUCAGCAAGUUCCAACUCUUCACCUCUAUCAAGACGGACGUUCAGAUCUCCUUUGGCAUGCCUGAUGGCUCCACCUGCAGAAAGGUCGCCUCGUGUGAUUCUGCUGGCUCGGAAGUCGUCAAUGACCAGUGCGGUGGUGCCAUCUCCGUCAGCUUCCAACUGCCCGACCACAGUGAACACGAUGACUGCGACUUUGGUAUCGGAACAAUCGACUUCGGCUGUGGGCCAGGCAAGCCUACUUACACUCCUCCGGCCCAGACCCAGACCACCACAUACACCUCCUCUGCUUCUGUCCCUACUCCAGAGGUUCCUGUUGUGACUCCCUCUGAGACUCCUUCUCAGCCCGACACUCCUACCCCGGAUGUCCCUGUUCCUACCGAUGAGAGCCCCGUCACUUCGCCUUCGUCGAGCAUCCCUGUGAUCCCCACUACUUCGUACGGAACUCCUGGCAGCAGCUCUAUCCCGUACACUAUCUCCACCGUGUACACCACGAGCGAGGUUACCAUCACUCAAUGUGCUCCUACCGUGACCAACUGCCCUGCCGACUCGACCACCGUCACCACCUCAACCAUCAUCGUGUCUACCACCUGGUGCCCAGUGACUUCUACAGCCCCCGGUGGCCCUGAGGAGACUUCUGACGUGCCUCCUCCUCCCGAGCAGACCUCGCAAGUUCCCCCUCCUCCUGCCGAGACCGAGACCGAGCCGUCAGAGACUCCUGCUCCCACUGAGACCCCUACUGUUCCCGAGACCACUCCUGUCGUCCCGACCAGUGUUGACUCUGGCUCCUCGUCUGUUCCCCCUGAGGAUUGGACUACCACUGAGAUCACAUACACGACCGUGACUGUGUGCCCCGUGACUGAGACCACCACUUCCGGCGACUCGACAAUCACCACUGUCACCAGCACCACCUCGACCAUGACUCUGACUUCCACGACCACCAUUUGUGGUGGAUGCUCCGUGACCGAGACUCUCGAACCAGGCCCUACAUCAACACCUGUUGUGCCGACAUCUGCCAACCCCGUCACCACCCCAGAGGUUCCUGUCGGAUCAACUGUUACCGAGAUCACUUAUACCACUGUCACUACCUGCCCGGCAACUACCACGAUCACCAACGGUGAGGAGACAAUCACUUCGACUUUCACCACUAUCUCGACCCAGACCCUUACUGAGACCUCGACUAUCCCUAUCCCGACCUCCGUCAGCCCAGAGGAGACCCCAGAGGCUCCAGUUCCGGAAGAGACUGAGACUGUCACUGAGAUUACCUACACCACGAUCACUACUUGCCCCGUCACUACCGUGAUCACCACUGGCGACUCUACCAUCACUACCACGUACACGACCAUCUCGACGGCCACGAUCACAACGGAGACAACUAUCCCCGUGCCUACCUCUGUCUCCCCUGAGGAAACUCCCUCCGCCCCCGUUGACACUCCUUCCACGCCGGUUCCCACAACCUCGUGCCCCAACGUGGUGCCCAAGUGUAUCAACACCUGGCUCAACCUCCUUCCCGACUGCAGCUCCAACAGUGACAUCUCUUGCUUCUGCCCCGACGCCGAGUUCACCGACAAGGUCAUCUCCUGCAUUCAAGCCUGGGGUGCCUCCACCGAGGAAGUCCAGGCCGCCCUCUCCUACAUGGCCGGUAUCUGUGCUGCCUUUGUCCCUGAGAACCCUGGUAUUAUUACCAACGUUCCUACCACAAUUACCCUGACUCCUCCUGCUGCCCCUACGCCCACCAACGUGAGUCCCGAGGAGACCGAGUCCCCAGCACCCACCUCCGCCCCGUGCACGACAAUUACCUACUCAACCUACACGGUCACCGUCCCGCAAGUCUCCUUUUCGACCGUCACGGAGACCGUCGGCGGCGGCGGCGAGACAGGCGUCGACGCAGUCCCAACCUCAACCAUCGAGCUGAUCCCCCAGCCCACUGUGGUCCCCACCACAACCGCCUCAACCACCAUCCCCAACCCCUGGGCAAACCCAACCACGCUGAGCACCAACGUUCCUUCUCAAACCUACACGCCGUCUCCGGCAUCUCCAGAGUUCACGGGCGCCGCAUCCCCACUGCGCGUCCCCGUGACCUGGCUAAUGGCAUUGGCUGUGCCAGUGCUCGCUCUCUAG